CCCGCGGUCACACUGCCGACGGCAUAUUGUGUACUGAAAAAUUUUCGUGAAAAAAUUGUUAUUAAACAAUUCAAAGAAACAAAUAACGCAAAAAAAUACGAAGAGACACUAACGAAGUGCGCGGUGAAAAAUCUGCAAACAGCAAAAGCAAGAAAAAGUUCGACAAAGACCGCCGGUAGUCCGCGCCAAAAAAAAGGCAAAAAGCACCGGGGUGCACGCACAAAAAAAAAAAACCCGCAGAAAUGGAGGCCGACAUUGCGCCUGUGGUUGCUGCUAAUGGCACUGAGGAGACCAGUACGCAGAGUGUAGCGCCGACGAUGUACCAGGAGCUACACCCACGCACCGAGCAGCAACAGAAUAAACCGAUAGAAGCAUCCUCAGCAACAGUGGUGGGCGAGAUUAUAGAUUACCUGCAAGAGGGAGACGACGGUACAGCCGGCCAUGCAACAGUAACUGAGGAGACAGGUGCAACAGCAAGAGAGGAGGAAAGUGCAACAGCAACAGAGGGGGAAGGUGCAAAAGCAGUUGCAGCUAAUGCUGUUGCUGCUGCUGAGCCCGAGCCAAUGGGGGAGGCAGAAUUUUUAGACGAUGAAAUGCCCGAUGUGGAUGUGCACAAACUCAUUGAAGAAGUUGACAACGCCAACAAAUCGCCUGCAAAGCCGAGCAUCGAUACGGCAUCAGAAAAUCCCGUGGCAGGUGACGUCGAUGCGGAGGUAGAUACUGCUGCCAAAGCCAAAUCUUUGGGCGUCGAUGCUGAAGAAGAAGAGACGGAUAUUGCCGGUGAUGGUGGUGCUGAUGGUGCUGCCGCUGAAGACAAUUUUGAGACAGCCUCCGAGGAGGAGGCCGAACUAAUCCUCGGUGACGAGCCCAUCGAACUGGCCGAAGGCACUGAGCCUGUAGCCGCUGUCAGGGAGCGCAAGAAGGAGGAGGAAGUGGACGAGAAUCAGUGCCGCGUGUGCACCACCAAGGAGGGUCUAGUCAGUCUCUUUAAGAAGACAGUCGACGCCACACCAGCCGACAUGCUGGUGGACCUCUGUCCCAACUUGUCCAUUGCUGUCAAGGACUUUAUGCCGCAGUUCAUUUGUGGCACGUGCCUGAACAGUCUCACCAUUGCCAUACAGUUCCGGAAGCAGCUGGAGACCACGGAGAGAGAUCUACGCAAGCGGCUGUCUCGCGGCAAGAACAAGGUGCGUCGCCCCCGUGGGUAUGUGGUCAUUGAUGCGCCCGUUUCCGACUCGGCCAGCGAUGACGAUGAGGACGACGAUGUGGAGUUCAAGGUGUCGGAUGUGGCGGGCUCCACCAGUGCGGAGAGUGACUCGGCCGACUCGGACAUCAGCGAGAAACGCAAACGUCCGCUGGGACGCGGCCGUGGACGCAAGAAGGCCACGAAGCGUGGCAGUGAGGACAACGAAGAGGAAUCUGGUAGUGCACCGAAGAGGAAGGGCCAUAGCUCUCCUUCGAUGUCCAGCGGUCCCUUUGAGUGCAAUCAAUGCGACCUGACCUUCUCGCGCAAACAGUCGUACGUGCUGCACCGCAAGUCGCACGAUCCCCGCCGCGUGUUCACCUGCGAAAUCUGCGAGAAGACUUUCAAAGUGCAAUGGGCCUACAAGACGCACAUGGAACGGCACGCCCUGGAGCGUGCUCACUUCCGUUGCGAACUCUGCACACAGGUCUUCAAGCUGCGGGCCGAACUGAAGCGCCAUAUGGCCGUGCGUCACGAUGAGCACGGCUUUAUCUACGAAUGCAAGCGCUGCCAGCGCACUUUCCUCACACAGCAGCGCCUGCAGCGCCAUCAGAGCACCAGCUGCCUGCGCCAUGGCCACGAGGAGCACAGCAGUUAUCACAACAAGCGCAGAUCCACGGAUGGCCAGCCCCAAGGCAGGGACCUCUUCAAGUCUGUGGCGCCCCUGACCACCACCUACUGGAGCGACAGCUUCUCGGACUAAACUAAACUCAAACCUCGUUGUGCAGCGGGCAGAGCUCGAGCUUGGAAAUUUCCGACAUGUGCGAUGAUUUGUGUGUUUUUGUUUCCAUCAAACGAUUUUUAGUUUAUCCUAGAUUUAAGUUGAAAUUAGUGCAAGCAAAUACAACUGCAAAUGUGUGUAAUGAAUGAA